AUGACGAACUGGUCAACCCCCACAAAGAAGAUAUAUGAUGCUUCUGACCUCAAGAAUUUUAAAAAUUCAAUUGCUUUUGUGAAAUUGCAGAGAAGUUUAGAUUUUAUUAUGGAAACAGUUCAAGGUUGUAAAGUCCCCAAGGACAUGUUAAAUAUGGAUAUUGUCACCCGUUCAGGCAAACAAUCUACUAAAGUAUCUUCAAUAGUUACAGCUAUACCUGAAAAUACUCAAUCAAUGCCUCCUCCUUCCCCAACUCCAAUUCUAACAAAUGAAUUCAGUUCCAAUACUUCCGGGUUAAUCAAUAUAUUUAACGAGUUGAAUAGACUUAUAGACGAGACACCUCCUUUGAAGGGACCUACAAGAUUUGGAAAUUUAGCAUGUAGAACGUGGCAUGAUAAAGUGAACGUAUGCCUAACAUCUUUAAUAAAGGAAAACUUACAAUUUCCUACCCGGUUAGAUGUUGAUGGAUUCUUAUUAGAAGCUGUUUAUUACAUACAAAAUUCCUUUGGGUCAAAAAUAAGAUUGGAUUAUGGAACAGGACAUGAAUUAUCUUUCAUUGCAUUUCUUGGAGCAUUGUUAGACUACAAAAUCCUUGACUGUCCCAAGGGAGAGGAAUUAUUAGCUGUGUUUGCCAAGUAUUACGACCUUGUUCGUCGUUUGAUUCUUGAUUAUAAUUUAGAACCAGCAGGGUCACAUGGUGUAUGGGGACUAGAUGAUCAUUUCCAUUUCAUGUACAUUAUUGGUGCCUGUCAAUUCAACACUGACAAAUUAGCACCUGUUGUACUGCGAGUUCUAACAAGCCAAGUUAUAAAUUCAUAUAAGCAGUCGAAUUUAUACAUUAAUGCAAUUGCAUUUAUAUUUAAACUUAAAAUGGGACCAUUUAACGAACAUAGUCCGAUAAUAUAUGAUAUUCACACAACAGUGUAUCUGUGGGCCAAAGUAAAACAGGGACUCAUUAGAAUGUACAUGGUGGAAGUUUUGGGUAAAUUCCCAGUGAUUCAACAUUUCUGGUUUGGAGACAUCUUAUACCCUUGGACAGAUAUCAAGACAGGAAAGGAACUUCCCGUUUAUCAAAAAGAUAACCAAAAUGAAGAGAAAUCAGUGCAGUCCCACAAUACCAACAUUAAAAUAAAUCCUCCCUCAUCGCGAGCAGGUAUCCCGAUGACUGCAGCACCAUGGGCAAAUACUGCAAGGCCAUCAGUCCCUCAUAAUCGCCAUACUACACCUACGACUACAACAAGUAAUUACUCUAGUAAAUAA